UACCAGUAGUUUAAAACGAAGCCAGGCGAUAUUUUCAACGAACGCAUCCUGACAUCAGAUUACGACAAACAUGGCUUCAUCCCAAAAGAAAUCUUCAAAGAUCGCUACAUAUGUGUUUUUUGACACUGAAACCACGGGUCUUCGUGAAGAUGGGCACAAGCCGACAAUAACGGAAAUGUGUUUUCUGGCCGUGAGGAGAUCAGACCUGAACUCCACCGAGGAGGUCCAGAGAGUGGUCCACAAACUCUUACUGUGUCUCAAGCCACGCCAAGAAAUCCAAAAAAAAGCAAAAGAGUUAUCAGGCUUGUCUGAUAAUAUGUUGGAGGUCGAAUCAACCUUCGAUGCUGGACUGGCUACUAUGAUAGAAUUAUUCUUGCAGCGUCUUCCACAGCCAGUGUGUCUUGUGGCCCAUAACGGCAACCAGUUCCACUACUCGCUCCUCCAGGCGGAGUUAAGGAGAGUCAAUGCGUCUCUGCCGCCCGCUGUCCUGUGCGUGGACUCCUGGGAAUUCUUCACAGGUGGAACUCUCAAGCCGGGUUAUAAGCUGGCGGACAUUUACGAGAACUGUUUUAAUAGGCGACCUGUUACAAAUCGCGCGGAGUCUGAUUGUACUAAUGUCCUGGCAGUCGUAAAGAGUCGCGAUACCGAUUUUAUGAAAUGGAGCAAGUUAAAUGCCAAACGUUUCCAGGAUGUCGAGCCAAUGUACUGAAGUCUCAGGUGGACGAGAAAGAGUUGAUAUGGCGUCUCCCCAACCCCCGUUACCGAACAAACAUAGACAUUAUGUACAAAUAUUUCAACCAUUUUUAUACAUUAAUAAUGUAGUUUGGAUAGGACUGAUCUGGACAAACGUGGCACAUCUCCAUCACAAUAACAUCACCCUGAAGUUGUGCCUUUAACUUGAAAACAAAGAUUUUAACAGUGUUAGAGUGGAUGCUAUGUUGUUAAAUAAGAACAUAUUCUAAUGUUGAUUUAGCAUCCAAUGUCUGAAGAUGUGCCUUUAACAAAGAAUUUAGCUGUAUUUGAGUAAAUACUAAUAGGAAAUAUUCUUAUUGUGAUACUUUAACACCAGUGGCUGAAGUUGUGCCCUUAACUUGAAAACAAAGAAUUUAACUGUAUUAUAGUAGAUGAUAUAUGUAAUUCAAUAAGGAAAUAUUAUUAUGCUGAUUUGUCACUUAUGACUGAAGUUGUGCUUUUAGCUUGAAACCAAAUAAUUAAAUUGUAUUAGAGUAGAUGAUAUAUGUAAUGCAAUACUAUACGGAAAUAUUCUUAUGCUGAUUCGGCGUUCAUGGUUGUGCCUUUAAUUUGAAAAUAAAGAUUUUAGCUGUA